AUGCGAGCCGAACCAAGAAAUCUUGGGGAACCAAUCCAAAAAGUUUGUUUUCGUGGGAACGGCCAAUUUCCUGUUGAUAUACUCGAAGACACUCUCGUGAGUCACGGUGAUCGAAGCCUUCUCAUUCUCGACGGCUUGGAUGAAGUAUCACACGAAUUUGACCAUGAGUCUCCUAUGGGAGACUAUCUCAACCAGCUAUUGAAGCAAGACAACGUCAUUAUCACCUCUCGUCCGCACAGCACGAGUGUCCUCAAUAAUACGCCGCCAGAUCUGGAAUUGGAGACGGUUGGAUUCUUUCCGGAGCAGGUGGAAGACUUUUUGCAAAGUGAAAUAGAGCAGACAGGGAUACCAGAGACGACUAUAUCGGAGAUUCGAGCUUUUAUUCAGAAUCGUCCAAUCGUGCAGAGUCUUGUCCGAAUCCCCAUCCAGCUGGACGCCAUUUGUUAUGCCUGGAAUACCCAACACUUUUCAAGGGAUAAUGUCUCCAUGACAAUGCUUUAUGGGGCAAUCACCCGGCAACUGUGGCAGAAAGAUGCGGUACGACUAGGCAAAAUGAUAGACGGACAGCAGAUCACGUCGCAACAAAUCCAGGGCUGUGCGAACAUUAGGCCUUUUGUCGAACAUGAAGUUAAGGCUCUCGAAGAGCUGGCAUUUCAUGGCCUUCACAAUGAGGUCAUUGAGUUCGGCUUAGAACACAUUGGCAAAGUGAACAGUAGCCAAGCGCCGAUGCUCAAUGAUCGUCUGGUCAAUUUGUCUUUCCUGUGUUCUUCCGACAACUCUUUGAACUUGGCGGAUCGGACCUAUCACUUCAUCCACCUCACAUUUCAGGAGUUUUUUGCCGCCCAGUAUUUUGUGCGUCAGUGGGUAUCCGAUGCAAAGAUCAGCCUUUUGAAGAUGGAUCCUGCAAGUCUACGUUUGUCCAUGCGCACAGAACCGAUCAAACCGGAAGAUUUUCUUAGGAGGACCAAAUAUGAUGUUCGCUACGAUAUUUUCUGGCGGUUAGUCACUGGCUUGAUUCAAACCGAAGGCAUCGAUCAGUUGCACCGGUUCUUCGACGUACUCGAGGGGGAGCCGCAGGACCUCUUGGGACCAGCACAGCAGCGACUUAUCAUUCAUUGCCUGAGUGAAAUUGAUGCGGCAAACAAUAGCUUCCAAUUGCGAGCCCGAGAGCUGGAAGACAACUACCGGAAAUGGAUAGUAUUUGAGUCAAAGAUUGCAUCCUCAACAAGCUUAAUCAGGGAAGCAGAAUGUCCGGACAGGAUAUUCAAGCCCUUGCUGGAGGGACCCAAUGAGGAGAAGAUGAUAGCUAUGUCGACUUUGACGAUGCGAACGAGCAUAUCCUUAGAAAUAUUGAAGAUGAUAAUGCGCGAAACAAGAAAGACUACUAACGAAGAGGUUUGGAGUGCGGCCUUUAAAGUUCUUGGAAACCACUCCAACCAAGCUCUAGAGGAAGAAUUCUUCGGCCUUUUCGCGAAUCGGAGCAGGAAUCUGCGAAUACUCGGCGUCGAAGCUCUUGCCAGUUGUCGAAUAUUAGGAAUGCCAGCCGCUAAGGCCCUAACCCAACUACUUGAGGACGAGGAUCUUUCCGUGCGGUCGUACGCUGCCGACGCUCUCGGACUGCAGACCAGUCUACCAGAUCCCGCUGUCGAGGCCCUAAUCCGACUACUACAGGACGAGAAUGAUUCUGUGCGGUCUCGCACUGUUGCGGCCCUCGGACGGCAGACUAGCCUACCAGACUCUGUUGUCGAGAAAAUGAUCCAACUGCUGCAGAACAAAGUGCCUGACGUGCGUUACCGCGCCGCCGAGGCUAUUCGCGGACAAACCAGCCUACCGAGUCCCGCUGUUGAUGCUCUGAUCCAGCUAUUACACGACGAAAACUCUCCUGUGCGGAACGGCGCUGCUGAGGCUCUUCGCCAGCAGGCUAGUCUACCAGGCUCCACUAUCGAAUCCCUGUUGCAACUACUCCAGAGCAAGGAUGCUACCUUACGGCAGCGCGCUGCUGUGGCGCUGGGAGCUCAUGCAGAAUUCUACUCCCUUAUCCCGACUCUCGAGUCAUUCCGUUUCCAAAAUUUGUUGAUAGCUUGGCUUCAGCUGAGCUUUAAAAAGUCUGUAACAUGCUUCAUUUGUGAUGGCACGUUCUCCAUCGACAUCUAUGGGAAGACAUGGAGAGUAAUGCUUCACAAAAAGGAACAGGAGUUUAGACGAAGAUGUCUCGAAGCACAGAGCGCAAUAGGCGUUCCUCUGCCCGUCAACGAUUCGAAGAAAUCAGGUUCAGCCGUUGAGGUGAAAGAGCGGCUCUCGAUCAACAGGUGGCACGAAUCAUCAGGGAUGUGGGAUUUUUGA